GACCUGGUGUUGUGGUUACUACUCAAGGUUAUGGUGGAGGAGGCGCGCUCCUCGGAACAGCCUUCAGGUCGGCUGGCCGCGUCGCAUUCCAAUAUGGCUGACGGUUCGGUAUGUGGUGGGUGCCGCUGAUGGAGUUAGUGCAGUGAAGUAGUGUGAAGUGUCGGAAGCACUAAUGGCCGCAUACACUUGACAGGAGACAUGGUCUUGCGCAUGUCAUGUCGCAAAGGGAUUUGUCAGAGGUGGAGCCGGAAGGGACGUCGGAGUUGCCGGCAGCAAGUAAGGCCCUGUUCCUGGACAAGGUACGGCAGUCAAAUGCGGCGUGCCAGAGCGGGGACUACGCCACAGCCGUGUCUCUGUAUACAGAUGCACUGCAUUUGGACCCGGGCAACCACAUCCUCUACUCAAACCGCUCUGCGGCCCUCGUCAAAAUGGGGCAGUUCGCGCAGGCUCUGCAGGAUGCCAUUCGAGCACGCGAACUCAACAGCAAAUGGCCCAAGGCAUACUAUCGGCAGGGAGUGGCUCUGCAGUGCCUUGGUCGCCAUGGAGAAGCCCUUGCGGCAUUCAGCUCGGGCCUAGCACAAGACCCAAAAAAUGCACAGCUGCUGGCAGGACUUGUGGAGGCAUCUAUGAAAUCUCCCCUCAGAGGCGCGCUGGAGCCGACAUUUAGGCAGCUGGAGGCUAUGAAUUUGGAUAAGUCACCAUUUGUAAUCAUCUCGGUGGUAGGGCAGGAGUUGCUGGGUGUGGCCCAGUAUGCCGCAGCUGUCGUCGUACUGGAAGCAGCGCUAAGGAUCGGGACCUGCAGCCUCAAGCUCCGGGGCUCCGUCUUCUCGGCUCUGUCGUCGGCAUACUGGGCUCUCAACUCCCUGGACAAGGCAAUAAGUUACAUGCAACAGGACUUGGCAGUCGCCAAGACGCUGGGAGACAUUGCAGGAGAGUGCAGGGCUCACGGCAACCUGGGGUCAGCGUACUUCAGUAAGGGGAGCUACAAGGAAGCCCUCACAGCGCACCGCUACCAGCUGGUUCUCGCCAUGAAGUGCAAAGACACACAAGCCGCAGCUGCUGCCCUCACAAGUCUCGGUCAUGUGUAUACAGCAGUGGGCGACUACCCCAAUGCACUCGCAUCUCAUAAGCAGUGUGUGCAGCUGGUGAAACAGAUGGGAGACCGCCUGCAAGAAGCGAGAGAGAUUGGUAACGUGGGGGCUGUGUACCUAGCCAUGGGAGAGUUCGAAAGUGCAGUGGACUGUCACACGCAGCACCUCCGUCUGGCACGCAGGCUUGGCAAUCAGGUGGAGGAAGCUCGGGCGUACAGCAACCUGGGAUCAUCGCAUCAUUACCGACGUAACUUUGCACAGGCCAUCUCAUAUCAUGAAAAUGUUCUACGAAUUGCACAGGAGCUUGGUGAGCGUGCAGUGGAAUCACGGGCUUACGCGGGACUGGGUCAUGCGGCCCGUUGUGCCGGGGAUUACACGCAGGCCAAGCGGUGGCAUGAGCGUCAGCUGGAUAUGGCUCUGUCCUCACGGGAUAAGGUGGGUGAAGGUCGAGCUUGCUCAAACCUCGGCAUUGUGUACCAGCUGCUAGGAGAGCAUGAUGCGGCACUCAAACUGCAUCAGGUGCAUCUGAACAUUGCUCGUCAGCUUCAGGAUCGUGCAGGAAUGGGGCGUGCUUAUGGAAAUAUUGGAAAUGCCUAUAGUGCCAUGGGCUACUAUGAGCAGGCCAUCAAGUACCACAAGCAAGAACUCACAAUAUCAAAGGAGGUAAAUGACCGUAGUUCUGAGGCAUCGACUCAUGGGAACCUGGCUGUAGCGUACCAAGCCCUUGGUGCACACGAGAUGGCGCUGCUGCACUACCGCGCACAUCUGAACACUGCGCGUGAUCUCAAGGACGCUGCAGGAGAAGCAUGCGCUCUCUUGAACCUCGGAAACUGUCUGUCCUCCCGUGGCGAAUUCAGCCAGGCAGUCCCCUUCUACGAGAAUUACCUCAUGCUCUCUCAGGAGCUGCAUGAUGUUGAGGGUGAGGCAAAGGCGUGCCACUUCCUGGGUUACGCGCAUUACUGUCUGGGUAACUUUCGAGAGGCGGUGCGCUACUACGACCAGGAUCUAGCUCUCGCCAAGGACUUGCAGGACAAGAUGAAUAUGGGGCGUGCCUACUGCAACCUUGGUCUUGCACACCUCGCACUCGGCAACUUGGAGACUGCUCUGGAGUGCCAGAAAUAUUUUCUUGCAAUUGCCCACAUGACGAAGCACAUGCCGGGCAAGUUUCGAGCUCUUGGCAACAUUGGGGAUGUUCUCAUCAAGAUGGGUGAUGUGGAAGAGGCAGUUAAGAUGUACCAGAGGCAGUUAUCAUUUGCACGCCAGGGGCGAGACCGUUCACUUGAGGCAGCCGCAUAUGGUGCACUUGGUCUGGGUCACCGGCUACUACGCUGCUAUGACAAGGCUUUGGGCUACCACACACAGGAGUUGAUGUUGCGGCAGGAAAUGAGUGACCUGAAGGGUGAAUGUUGGGCACACGGGCACUUGGGGGCUGUACAUAUGUCACUGGGUAAUUACACAAAUGCCAUGAAAUGCUACCAGGAGCAGCUUGAGCGAGCCAAGGAGCUGAAAGACAGCGCCGUUGAAGCUCAGGCAUUUGGCAACCUGGGCAUAGCACGUCUCAACAUGGGGCAUUACGAGGAUGCCAUCGGCUACUUGGAGCAGCAGUUGGCAACCCUGGAACAACUUUCCACAUCAACAGCCAUGCUGGAUAAGGGACGAGCGUUCGGCAACCUAGGCGACUGCUACGAUGCGCUGGGAGAUUUUGAUGAGGCUGUGAAGUGUCACGAGCAGCAUCUCGCUAUAGGCCUGAAGCUGAAAAAUGCGCGAGACCAGGAACGUGCGUACCGUGGACUGGGGCACUCCCAUCAGUGUCUGGGAAAUCUGCAGCAGGCCCUGGUGUGCUUCGAGAAAAGACUUGUUGUUGCUCACGAGCUCAACAAUCCUGAGGCAAAGGCGUCUGCCUAUGGGGAGCUUGGACGCAUCCACAGUAUCCUGGGGAGUUUUGAGCAAGCCGUCUCGUGUCUUGAACAUCAGCUGUCCAUUGCAAGGGAACUUAAGGAUAAAGUAGCAGAGGCAGAUGCAGCAUGUGGCCUGGGGGCAGUGUACCAACAGAUGGGGGAGUACUCGACAGCCCUUCGUUACCACCAGGCCGACUUGGACACUGCCGAGGAACUCGGGCUGGCAGUACUGCAGGGGCGUGCGUGCGGAAAUCUUGGCACUGUCCACGAGUCACUCGGUAAUUUUGAAGAAGCAGUGAGAUACCAGGAGCAGCACCUGUCAGUUGCUGCUCAGACCAACGACAAGCUGGCCAAGACGAUGGCCUACAGCAGUUUAGGUCGUAUUCAUCAUGCUCUUGGGAACACAAGCCAAGCAGUGGCGUAUUUACAGCAAGGCCUUCAGAUUGCAGAGCACCUCGGUCGCAGGGAGGAAGAGGCUCGGAUUAGACAUCGCUUAGGCCUAGCAUUGUGGGGCCAUGGUGAUCUGGAUGGAUCGCAGGUGCAGCUGGAGCGGGCCGCCAGUCUUCUGGAGUCAGUUCGUAGAGAAGCAAAGGGCUCUAGUGACUACAAGCUCUCCCUCUUCGACCUGCAAACUGCUUCUUACCAGGCAUUGCAGCGAGUGUUGGUUGGCUUGGGACGGCGUGAAGAAGCACUGCUAGUAGCCGAACGUGGUCGCACAAGAGCAUUUGUUGACCUGCUGUUGGAACGGAAGCGGUGCGGAGACUCCGCAUCUAACGCGGGACAGCGUUCUACCAACAGGGUGGAUGAUAACACGCCAACUUCGGUCGACCAGCUGGUGGAGAUCGUUAACAGGCAGAAAGCUUCUGUGUUGUACUACAGUCUGGCAGCGGGAUAUCUCUACUCCUGGUUCAUUGUUCCUACUAAGGGUGUGGUGAGGUUCCAUGAGGUGGCAGUGAAUGACAUAGAAGCAGAGUGUGAGCAAGAGACUGGCAGCGAGGAAGUGCCCACCACGGCGGGCUCGUUGCUAGAGCAUUAUAUUCACGGUGUACGGGACAGUCUCGGAGUGGAGCUGCACACUGCCACUAUGUCCAAGGUUCGAGGUGGGAAUGUGAUGGGACAGGACAAUGGCGGAACCUGUGAGAUGGAUGCAUCGGACAUGUGGUCUCAGCAUUUGGAGGAGGUUGGAGACAGGCUAAACCAGCAAGAUGGUGACCGCUUGGGAUUCCUGCGCAUGGUGAACCGCAACCAUCUGUUCAAUUCUAGCAAUUACAGCCUCAGCAGUCUCUUCAGUCUUGGCAGUGUGGGGGGCAGCGUGGCAAGCGGAUCAGCCAGUCGUCCUGGCAGCACUCGUUCCAGGCGACCUCCGCAUCAGACGUGGCAGGGGCCAUCGUGCCUUGGGGCCCUUUAUCAGCUCCUUAUUGCUCCAUUUGAGGAUUGCCUGCCCACUACAUGUAGCAAGUCAGGAAAUGGGACGUUGCCACACGGGAAGGGCUGUGCCGGACGUCGUGAGCUUCUACUUGUCCUGGAGGGAGAACUGUACCAGGUCCCAUUCCCAGUUCUUAAGCCAGGUGGUACUGGAGACACGUCUGAGUAUCUCUGUGAACGCUUCAGCCUUCUUGUGGUUCCCUCUCUCGCAUCACUGCGGUCCAAUCAGCGAACCGCUCGUGCGGUGAUGGCGUCCACUAACAAGACAGGUGCUGGCACCACUGAGGCAACAAACAACAUGUCUGCGCUCGUAAUCGGGAACCCCCAGCUGCCCGCGUUGGUGACCGAGCAGUGGGGGUGGGGAGACAUUCCACAUGCCGAGCAAGAGGCCGUCAUGGUAGCCGACAUGUUGCAGGCUCAGGCUCUGGUUGCUGCUCAGGCUAGCAAAGAAGCCGUUUUGCGUCAGAUUGGUGAAGCGGAAUGUGUCCAUUUGGCCACUCACAUGUCAUGGAAACUGUCGGCAAUUGUUCUGUCACCUGGUGGAGACAUGGUAGAUUCUCAGCAUCCCAAAAGAUUUUUCUCUUCUUCAGCGGCUUCAGCUUCCGGUGGGAUUGCAGGACAGACUGCCUCCGUCACUGGUCAGAUGCCAACAGCAUCUGACCAGGGAGAUGAGGAAGGUUCAGAGGUUUCAUCGUCGAUGGAUAUGCCAUCUCGUGAUCAUCAUGGCUGGGCCACGUCUGACGGCAUCGUGUCACUGACACGUGCACUACUGGCGGCAGGAGCCCAGUGUGUUUUGAUCUGUCUGUGGCCUGUCCCUGACACGGCCACCAAGAUACUGUUGCGAGCAUUCUACUCUGCCCUCCUGCAGGGGUCGAGGGUGAGCCGUGCACUGGCAGAAGCUAUCUUGACAGUACAGCACACCAAACACUUUGCACAUCCUGCCAACUGGGCUGGAUUCAUGUUGGUCGGUGCUGAUGUCCGGCUGUCCAACAAAGUGGCACUGAUGGGACAAGCGCUGUGUGAACUCCUCAAGAACCCAGAGAAGUGCCGUGAUGCGCUACGAGUUACCCUUCACUUGGUUGAGAAGUCCCUACAGAGGAUACACCGUGGACAGAAGAAUGCUAUGUACACCACACAGAAAAGCAUUGAAAAUAAAGUGGGCCAUGCCAGUGGUUGGAAAGAUCUGCUCAUGUCGGUGGGCUUCCGCUUUGAGCCUGCAGCCAAUGGGAUCCCCUCUUCUGUGUUUUUUCCGCAGAGUGACCCUGACGAGAGGUUGACACAGUGCAGCGCUAGCCUGCAGGCCCUGCUGGGUUUGUCCGGAACAUCGCUGUAUGCCCUCUCCAAGCUGAUGUCAAAUGUGGAAGUGGCAGAUGACAUCAUUGGAGUGAUCCGGCAGGUGAUUGGUCAGUUUAGCAUGAAGAACCUAGAGACGGAAAGCAUCGAAGUACCGAUCAGUGUCAAGCUGUGGCGUGUUCCAGGAUGCCAUGAGCUGCUUGCUUCACUUGGAUUUGACCUGAUGGAGGUGGGGCAAGAUGAAGUGACAUUGCGCACUGGGAAGCAAGCCAACCGCCGAAACAUCCAGUUUGUCUUGCAGGCUCUCCUUGCUCUGUUCGAUACACAGGAGGCCCCCAACAGUCUGAGUCUGGGCUCAUCCAGCUCGCUGGAGAGCCUCACGUCACUUGAUGGCGACAAUGAUGGGUUGCGUGCCAGGUCACCCCCUCUCCUCACUUCAUCCAUGAUGAUUCCCCCACCUCCCCUUCCUUUUGUGUCCCCUAGGCCCGCUCCACCCCCUCUAUUGCUUCCUGGUCACCGAGGCUCAGGUGGGGCAUUCACCAGCUACGUGAGACGACGUGGGGAGCCAGAUGGGCGAACUGCAUGUGCGGGAGAGACGGGGGGAAGUGGUGUGGCCAGUACCAAAACAUCAGGAGGGGCUGUCAACACUGCAGCACCUACUGUGGGCAAGGUUGUGGGUCGGCCAGGUGGUGGUGGGGAGAGUGAUGCAGCUUUCACACCCAGUCCUCCCGUGGUUGCUCCAGACACUUCACCCUGUGUCGCCACAUUGACGCUGGCCCACCAGACUCGUAUUCGAACCCUGUACAGUAGUGCCGGUGACGGUUCGUCUCCAUCCACCGAGAGUGGUGUUGCCGGUCAGGUUGUACCGCCUUUGCAUCAUGGUGGUUCAUCGUCAUACCACCGCCGCCCAGAUUCAUCAAGCAGUGCAAGCUCUGUCACUGACUGGGAGGGCAGUGGUCACGCCACAGUGCUACGUCGUACUGGACACACACAGUCUCACAUCAAUCACCCACUUCCUCCCCUCCCACCACCCCGUCAGGCCCCAGUUCCACCGCUUCCACCUCCUAUUGUUGACUCCCUACAUCCUCUGCCCCCUUCUGGGCUGUAUAACACAGUGACCAAUCUCUCAGCUGCUGGAGGCUUUGAGUCUCAGAGUUCUGAUUCUGACUUUGGUGGCAACUGCCCUCCAGUGAAAUCAUAUAAGACCAGUCGAGGUGGCGCAGUGGCAGCAUUCCACAACACUGCCACUUUGAAGUUGUCCAGUGGUGGCAGCAGUAGCAGCAGUGUUAGUGGUGGCAAUACUGGAACUUCCAGUGUUCAACCAUCUGUUGUGGAUAGGCUGAGUGUUCGGACUGAGCUAUCCAACCUUGGGGGUGCAGGCUCCAGAAAGCCUAUAGCACUGAAUCCUAGUGAAGAAGCGAAGGACUUGAGACUACACUACUUUCCUUCUGACAGUGGAGGAGGCAGUGACAUGUCAGCACCACUAUCAAAGCCAUUUGAUGAGGCACCGGAUGUCAUCCCAUCCAGCAAUCCCAGUGGAGGUGGUUUAGCCUCUAGCAGUGGACCCAGUAGCAUACAGGAUCAAAUUAUCGCGACACAGUUGCGCCGCCUCAACCGAGAGCUGACUCCAACCAUAUCUGAUGUAUACCAUGAACGGAAUAUUGGGCUUGGUCUCGCUCCUCCUCUGUCCAAGCUGCUGAUUCCACCCAGGGGAUCACAGGGAAACUCAAAGGACAUGGAUACCAGUGGGAGUGAGGCUCUGCUGGACAAGUUGGGGCUCCUUCCAGAUGAGAUCAACAAGAGCACAGAGAGCAAGUCUUGGCUGUCAUCCACGGCACUGCAGCAGUUCGGGGCAGACCUCUCUGCAGGUGAGCUGGAGGGUAAGCAGCGAGGAGGAGGUUCCCCGUGCAGUGAACUGAGCAAGCGUGACGAGGGAGACGGAAGGUCCAUCGCCGACUCACAGUGCAGCGCGGGAAGUUACAAUAAGCCAAUGACAUCCCUGCUGCAGCGUGCAAGCUCAGUCUCUGUUAUGUACUUUGGACAGGAUUCAAAUGACAACAAGGGGCAGCAGCAGGCACCUCGUGUGGUGAGUUUUCUUGAAGAUGUGGCUGCCAUGAACACGGACAAACAGGAUGAUACGAAUGCGAAACCCCCACCAAGAAUUGCCAGUUCAGUACCGGUACCACCGUGUCCAAGAUCCAGGGCAUCCAAGCAGCCUCCACCACCCAUCCCAAACAGCAGGACUGCAGGGGCCUCGGCUAGAAAUUUCUUUCACAGUGCCGAUCAGUAGGUUCCCGACAGCAGUGAGCAGUGAGAUACAAGACGUGGCUUGUGACCAGAGCACAGGCCUCUCUUCUCCCUGAUCUGAGUCCAGGUUCUGGUGGUGCACGAUUGUUUUCUGAAGUCCUUCGGCCAUCAGAAGUAUCAUGAAUACGCGCUGUUCUCGUUUGAAGAGAGGACCACGCGGUUUACAGCUCUCCCAUCACAGGGUACUCACUAGAAAAUCAUUGUGUUGUGAGGACCAGAACACCACAUAAUCAGCAUGAGGUGCAUUGAAAUUGCUACUGCAGUUGAUAAAAUCCGUUAAGUAUAAGUGUAAAUAUAAUCUGUUGCAUGAUCUCUUUGUAGCAGAUUGUAUUUGCUGUACUCAUAAUUUGGCACCUAAGUGUACAUGUGAGGACAAUAUUAAAUGAUUUUAGAAAAAUAGGUUGUGAUUUUGCUGUCCAAGGAUAAGGUUCAGUUUUGGGCUUUUGUGAAUGUGCUGGUGAAUCAUAAGGUUCCAUAGCAAGAGUUAACUUGUUGGUCACCUGAAUGACAGUCAACAUCACAAGAAAGACCCUUUACCACUGAGUCAUACUCAUCCGCACUUUACUUUAUUGCUCCAUUGUACAUCAACAUUUCAAAAAGUGUGACAUUUCUGUAGAAAAGGAAAAUCAACCUUUUAGCAGUUAUGGACUGUUAAGUGAACGUAUAUUUUUCCAGUCUCAUCAUACUCUGAAUCUGCUGUAUUGCUGCAAUGGAGUGAAGUUCUCAGGUAUUCAAUGUAUAUGAAUAUAUUUAUUUUUUUUAUGUUUGGAGUACGUUUUGGAAGGGGUUGAAUGUAAUUGUAUGGGCUACUUUUAUAAUCUUUUCAUGUGUAGAAGUUGUGCCUCUCCAACAGAUGAGCGUGGCUUUGCUUUUGGCUUCCAGAUAAGUGGAUCGGAGCAAUUUGUAAAGAACUGUAUUCUAUCUUGUAUAUAAGUAUAAUUUUAUUAUUAUAAAUAUUUGCAGUUAUAUGUGUUCCAGACAUAGUGGGCUCCAUUCUACAUUCAAAACAAAACAUUUUUGUGACUUUGUCAGGCAGUAGUGUUGAAACACAUGCCACAUUGCUUCUUUAAUUUCAGACUUACAUUAAAUUUCACUGAAAAAAAGUAA